GGGACUUGUUUUAGUGUUCACGAGUUAGAUCGCUGAUUAUUCUUGUUAUCGCGUGUGCACUUUUGUCGUAAUAUGUCUUACGAUUAUGAUGAGAAUACUGUUGUAGAUGAGUUUUCGUCUAUGGCUAUCCAUUCAAAUGGUCCAGAUGGUGGUGGAGCCAAACUUUAUGUGCCUCCUCAUUUGCGAAAUCGUGGAACUUCAGAUGGUCUCGCAGACUCUGUAAAUGAUUUUAGUCAAUUUAGUCGCCCUUCCCGUGGUAUUGGUGGUGAUAACUUUCGUGGACGUCCUUUUCGUGGUUCGUAUAGUAACAGGGGAUCAAAAGUUGGGAACGAAAGGCAGCAAUCUGACUCACGGUGGUCAAGCUUCAACGUGAAUACUCAGUCACGGGGUGGUCAUUCUACUUUGGGGUCAAAUGUUCCCAGACGCAGUUGGAAUGCACCCACUGAAGACUGGACUCAACAGUUGCCACGAAACGAGCGUACAGAACAAGAGCUUUUCAAGAAAGUGAGCGCAGGCAUAAACUUUAACCAAUACGACAACAUUCCUGUAAAUGCAACGGGGCCAAACUUUAACGACAGUGCAUCAACUAUAUCUUCGUUUACCGAACUUUCACUUCAUAAAAUUGUACGUGACAACGUUGAACUGGCCAACUAUGAGCGUCCUACACCAGUACAAAAGCAUGCUAUACCAAUAAUUGCAUCAGGUCGGGACCUAAUGGCAUGUGCACAAACUGGUUCAGGAAAAACUGCUGCAUUCCUUAUUCCAAUCCUAAACAACAUGAUUAAGCAAGGUCCCGGUGAUUCUAUAUGCGCCACUGUAAGUUUGUUACGCUUGACAAGUUAUUUAAGUAGAUAAACAACAACCGAAGAAAACAGUUCCCUGUAGCUCUUAUACUGGCUCCAACUCGCGAAUUAGCAUCGCAGAUUUUUGAUGAUGCCCGAAAGUUUUCCUAUAGAUCUCUUAUCAGACCAUGUGUUCUUUACGGUGGUGCUGAUAUGAGAACGCAGUUGAUGGAGUUGUCCGAAGGCUGUAAUCUGUUAGUUGCCACUCCAGGUCGACUAAGUGAUGUUUUAGAACGGGGUCGAGUCGGCUUAGACCAUUGUCGGUUCCUUGUUCUUGACGAAGCUGAUCGUAUGUUAGACAUGGGGUUCGAACCACAGAUUCGUCGUAUUGUGGAGCAAGAUGCUUUCCCACCUUCCGGCGAGAGACAGACGCUUAUGUUCUCGGCAACUUUCCCUAAUGAGAUUCAGGUACUUACAACUUCUUAUUGUGUUUCUUUAGAUUUUAGCCAAAGAUUUCUUAAGCAAUUAUAUAUUUUUGACCGUUGGACGUGUUGGGAGUACGAGUGAAAAUAUCACGCAAACGAUACUUUGGGUUGAGGAGAAUGCUAAACGAGAUACUCUAAUCGAUUUGCUUGCUCACUCAGGUUUUACAAAUAAUAAUUUCUUUACAUGUUUAAUUAUCCAGAAGCAGGUACACUAACAUUAGUUUUUGUUGAAACAAGACGGGGUGCAAACGCUCUUGAAAACUAUUUAUACUCACAGAAGUUUCAAGUUGCCAGUAUACAUGGAGAUCGUACUCAGGAGGAUCGAGAAUUAGCGUUGUCUUGUUUUCGUUCGGGAAGAACACCAGUGCUCGUUGCAACAGCUGUUGCAGCUCGUGGUUUGGAUAUUCCAAAUGUCAAGCACGUUAUCAAUUACGAUCUUCCGUCAGAUAUUGAAGAGUACGUACAUCGCAUCGGCCGAACUGGUCGUGUUGGAAAUCUUGGACUGGCUACUUCUUUUUUCAAUGACAAAAACCGCAACUUGGCCCGUGGUCUAGUUGAGUUGCUUGAAGAAGCUAAUCAGGAUAUCCCGCCUUGGUUGAAAGCAAUUACAGGAGACGCAAGGCCUACAAGUUUCCAACGUCCAAGAAACAAUCGUCGGUAAUUUUACAACUCAUCUCUGAUUUCUUACAUUGCACAAGUUGUCAUGACUACUGGGCCGUCUAGAUCAUCUCAUUAGGAAGUUAGGGUGAAGCAUUCCGAAAAUUCUGUUCCGUAACAAUACUACGUAGUGAUUUAAAAUAUGGAGACGACUCAGUUUCAUUUAUCUUAAGGUUUAAGGACGUUGCUUGGACACUAUGUUUCGUAAGUCCAUAAAAAUAGUUACUUUCAGACUUGGCUUUACAAUUAUACUUUUGAGUGUUAAAAAAGAUAACGCCAUAGGAAGUGGCAAAGUAUCUGAUUGACUUUGUUAAACCUGACAGACGGUAAAUGCAUCAACUGGCAAACCACAGAUAAGCUAUCUUGAUAUCACUAAAAUAUGAUUUUCAGCCGACUGUCCAAUAAUGAGUGAAUUGUAACUAACCCAGUUGGUAAUCUGCGCAUUAUUCCACAACGAUGCUGCUAGCUUCAAGAUCAACACAGGCUAAUCUAAUCACAAUAAAAUUUGUUUGUCUACCAAGUUGUUUGAGUGGGUGUGCUAAAUAAAAUAUAUUUGACUCAUGUUGAACCAUUUAACUUGUAGUUUUGGAAUGUACACUGAUCCGUUUUCCAUCCUUUGAAUUAGGAGUGGUCAUUUUGUCAUAAGUCAUUACUGUUGGGUCUUUUGUUAUAUUGCUGAAUAUAAUUAAACUUUUAUUUCAGUGGCGGUUUUGGUGCUCGUGAUUAUCGACAAACUCCCUCACGUGGUGCUAAUAAUUCUAAUCGUCCUACUGGCCCAACGUCUAGAGACUAUGGAUUGCUUCGCGACAGUAGCUAUUACGAUUCACAACCAUGCUCGGUGUCGCAGAGUUCUCCAGACUGGUGGGGCAAUUAGCAGUCAUAAUUAACUACCAUGAACAAUACACUUUUUGAUCCUGUCGUUUUUUAUAAUUUAAAUCAUUUUCGACAAUUUUUACAUCAGCGGAAACUUGCUUUCAUAAUUUACUUUGGAAUUCACUCCACCAAAUAGGUGCAGUUGUUGUCCCUUCCCAAAUUUAGUUUUGAUUACCAAUUCAGUAUGUGCAUCCAUGUGGGCAUAAUAGCGGUUAUUCUCCAUAGAUAUCAUUUGUGAAUUGCCGCUGUUCUUUCCAAAACCUGCAUUUAUUUUUGUCAAGGUGUGAUUUUCCCAGUGAAUUAAGAUGAGUUGGACCGCUUUUUGGUAUUUGGAAAAAGCUUGUAUUGAAUAAAAAACUAGAUUUAAAAA